AAAAGAAAAAGAAAAGCCCACAUCCGUAAUUCAAAAGUAGCGCCCCACACGGCCAAUCCGCACACUGCUUGUGUUUACAGCCCUCCCCCACGCCACCGCCCCCCUGCGUGGCGCGCAUGCGCAACAGCCGCUAAGGGCCGCCAUUUUGUGCGGAGCCUACUCUGCAAAAGCGGGAGAGGAUUAAAACCGCUGGAGGUGAAGGACGCAAUUUUACUCCGUCUCGUACUGAAGGAAGAACAAACCCUGGGCUUUCUGUCGAAUUCAACGCGAGAGUAAAUCACCAAACGCAGGUAUUACCCAUGGAAGGGGGAACGACUGAGUCAGUGGUGGAAGAUGCAGGGGAUGCUUUCAAGGCCAAGGAAUGUAAGACCUACCAAAGGCGACGAGAAGAUGAGGAAGUGGGAGCUGAAUUGCUGCAGGUUGUUGGGUUAGAGCAAGCCCAGGUUGAAGGAGAGCCUGUGGUGGAGGCUGUCAACAGCGUGGAGAUGAUGGUGAUGGACGCCCUGGACCCUGCCCUGCUCCAGAUGAAGACAGAAGUCAUGGAGGCUGCUGUUGGUGUUGCUGGUGCCGCCCAUGAAGCCACGGUCACCACUGUCGAUGACACUCAGAUCAUCACCCUCCAGGUGGUGAACAUGGAGGAGCAGCAGUUGGGCUUGGGAGAGCUGCAGCUGGUGCAGGUACCUGUUUCAGCUGUGCCUGUCACUGCCACCACCGUAGAAGCGCUGCAGGGGACGCUAGUGGAUGCCACUGCCAUGCCUAAAGAUGGGGAGCCGGUCAUCUGUCACACCCUGCCAUUGCCUGAGGGCUUCCAGGUGGUUAAGGUGGGUGCAAAUGGAGAAGUGGAAACUGUGGAGCAAGAUGAGCUCCAGGCCCAAGAUGAUCAGCCUCCACAGCAGGAGGAGGAGGAUAUGGUUGAAGCCCAAAAUGAAGACCCCGCUUGGUCCAAAGAUCCAGACUACACACCCCCUGUUAAAAAGUCCAAGAAGACUAAGAAAAGCAAGCUGCGUUACAACACAGAGGGCGAUAAAGACAUGGAUGUGUCUGUGUAUGACUUUGAGGAGGAGCAGCAGGAGGGACUGCUCUCUGAAGUCAAUGCUGAGAAAGUUGUGGGUAACAUGAAACCACCCAAACCAACCAAAAUCAAAAAGAAAGGUGUUAAGAAGACAUUCCAGUGUGAGCUGUGCAGUUACACUUGCCCGCGCCGUUCCAAUCUGGACCGCCACAUGAAGAGCCACACGGAUGAGAGGCCUCACAAGUGCCAUCUUUGUGGACGAGCCUUCAGGACUGUGACGUUGCUGAGGAACCACCUCAACACCCACACAGGUACCAGACCACAUAAGUGCACUGACUGUGACAUGGCCUUCGUCACCAGUGGAGAGCUGGUGCGCCACCGACGCUACAAGCACACUCACGAGAAACCAUUCAAGUGCUCCAUGUGUGACUAUGCCAGUGUAGAGGUUAGCAAGCUGAAGCGCCACAUUCGCUCCCACACUGGAGAGCGUCCGUUCCAGUGCAGUCUGUGCAGUUAUGCUAGCAGAGAUACCUAUAAGCUGAAGAGACACAUGAGGACACACUCAGGAGAGAAGCCCUAUGAGUGCUAUAUCUGUCAUGCACGUUUUACCCAGAGUGGUACCAUGAAGAUGCACAUACUGCAGAAGCACACAGAAAAUGUGGCGAAAUUUCACUGCCCCCACUGCGACACUGUUAUUGCCCGCAAGAGCGAUCUUGGUGUGCAUCUCCGUAAGCAGCAUUCCUACAUUGAGCAGGGCAGGAAGUGCCGCUACUGUGAUGCAGUGUUCCAUGAGCGCUAUGCUCUCAUCCAGCAUCAGAAGUCCCACAAAAAUGAGAAACGCUUUAAAUGUGAUCAGUGUGACUAUGCAUGCCGUCAGGAGCGUCACAUGGUCAUGCAUAAGCGCACACAUACUGGGGAGAAGCCAUAUGCCUGCAGCCAAUGUGAGAAAACUUUCAGACAGAAACAGCUGCUGGACAUGCACUUUAGGCGCUAUCACGACCCCAGUUUUGUACCCACAUCCUUUGUAUGCACCAAGUGUGGCAAGACCUUCACUCGCAGGAAUACCAUGGCCAGACAUACAGAGAACUGCACUGGUAUGGAUUCUGCUGAAGGAGAGAAUGGAGCUCCAACCAAAAGGGGCCGUGGAGGCCGAAAGAGGAAGAUGCGCUCUAGAAAGGAUGAUGAUGAAGAUAGCGAUGAGCAUGGAGAACCUGACCUUGAUGACAUUGAUGAAGAUGAAGAUGAGGAGUUUCUUGAUGAUGACCAGAUGGAUGUGGAACAGGCUCCACCCAGCAUUCCCAUCCCUGCACCAGCCGAACCUCCCGUCAAGAGGAAACGCGGCAGACCCCCUAAGAACGCACCCAAGGCUUCUCCUACCAAGUCUGUCGCCAACACCACCACAGCAGCUGCUGCCAUUAUUCAGGUGGAAGAUGAAAGCACAGGUGCCAUUGAGAACAUCAUCGUGAAGAAGGAGCCUGAGGGUGCUGAUGCAGCUGCCCAGCCAGUGGUGGAGGAAGUGGAGGCUGUCGAGGCUGGUGUAGAAACAGUGCAGCUAACGGUCCCUGAAGCUGCGCCUAACGGUGAUUAAAGUUAUACACAAAGGUCAUCUUGGCUAGUCUUGCUUGUAAAUAAUUUUUAUUUUCCUGUUUUAUUAUGAACAUUUUAAUCUUUUUCUAGUGAAUUGAUGACCUUGAAUGCUAGGGCAAUGGCUUUUAACAGUAGUUGUUUGGAAACAUGCCACUGAAGGCUUUCAAAUUACUUGUGGGGGAAAAAAUAAAAGCCUGAAGAAUCAUGUAGGCUGUAUAACCCCGUUCUUUCUGUCCUUCUGUAGCUUGAAUCGUUGCAUUUGGUCUGCUCAACUCGCUUGAUGUGGAGGGGUUGCUUCAUCUUUUUACCACUGCUUAAAGGCGUUGAGAGAGUGGCUCUAAUAUUGUACCACCUGACGAAUAGGCUUCCAUGUCGGAUUUUGUUCUAGCUUUUGUAAAAGGAGGAAAAGGGACUGAACUGGGCAGGUACAGCGACGUGCAGGUCUCCAAUCAUUUGGAUCUGUUUCGAUGUGGUCGUGUUCCCAACAACCAUCCGUAAUAUUAAACUCUGUGACCCGAGUUAAUAAUUUCAUGGGAUUCUGAAAGGAGACUAAGUUUACAAUAGUUUUUUUUUUUUUUCCAGACCACAUUUAAUUUAAAAAGCUUAAUACGAGUGUUCAAGGAAGCUAUUUUGAUACGAACUGUUUCUAGAAGGGGAAGCUUGGAUAGGAUAUUUUGUAAAAAGUUUGUCACUUGUUCAAAAGAGCAAUGUCCUUAUUUCGGAUUAUUUGUUUUUCUGAUUCAGAAUGAAGUUUUCCUCCAACAUGUAAUUGCAUUUAAAUUGCUUUCUUUUUUUUAAGCUCUUAAAAUUCUAGGUUAAUGCAUUUUUUUAUUAUUUUUUUAACCUAGCUGUACUGUGUGAAUUUUACAAUGGUCAGAAAACCAACCUUAUAAAGACAUUUAUUAUGGCUGGGUGGGGUAUAGAGGUCGUAUGAUGUAAGAUGGUGUGGAGAAUGUAUUGCUGUACAGCUAAUAAAAAAAUAUUGUCCUAAUU